UACACAACGGCACUUGGUGUGUGGGAUCACGGCGGUGUUAAGAUCGCAGCAGUUUUGCAGCGAUGUGUGGGAUUCAGUAUCGUGAGAUCGUAGAGGCGUACAUGCCGCAGCGCUGUCUUCGCCAGCUUGGAUAUGUCCAAGUUGUUCCUCCUCCACCAGCAUGGCCCAGUAAGGCCGUCCGAUCUGCGUCGUCGAAGGAGUACGUCGUCCAAUGGCCGGCAAGCAUGAUUGGCACGUGGGAGCAGUUUCCGAUGGUUGCCCGCAUAUGGAUUGAGCAGCUGCAGCGGCCGCCAACUGGGGUGGCUGCCAUGUGUGACCAGCACUACAUGGAGUGGUACAACCGGCACUCGCACCCGAGGUUGAUCAGAGACGUCCACCACGGCGACGACGCCGAUGAUGAUGAUGUGCCACCGCCCACUGCCGUGGAUGCGUGGAUGGGAAAGAUGACGCAGUUGGGACACAGACUUUUUGAGGAGAGGGACAACAUGACGACUGCAACAGGCAGAGCUGUUAUUGAUGAACUGGAACGGGCCCUUGAGCAGUGGCAGUGGGCGUCACAGAGAGAUUAUUGAUAUGUCGGCAGUGCAUUUAUAUAACAUUUUCCUAGUUGUUUGUAAAAGUUAACAUUAUCUAUUCUUAUAAUUAUUAUUUUAAGUUCUUAGAAUUUGACAUUAUAUUUUUAGUUUU